AUGAUCAACAUUAUUAAAUAAGGUGCAAAUUUAGCUAAGACUGCUGGAAGACAAUCUGCUGUUAGAUAGUAUUUAAUAUCUGCUAAUCCUGUCACUAAGUUGGGUUACGUCAGCACCUACAAGUACACUAGUUUAACUUAAAAGUUUUAAGAUUAAUAUUCUAGAUGCAAGGAAGAAAUCUGUCAAGGAAGUUAAUUUUUAAGAGAUUACAUCUCUUAAUUAUCCUAGAAUGAUAAGAAACUUUCCAAAAAGAAUUACAUCACUUUUAAGAGAAAUAUAGACUCCGCCGAAAGCAUAGAUGUUCUUAUUUAGUAUCUUUAGCCUCUCACUUAGAAUUUGCAAAGUCUUAACUCUAAAAAGCAAAAAAGAGUAAUGAAAUUAAUUCUUCUUGUUGAAAACAACUUAUUGUAACAAGCAGGAGCUUAAUUAAACUACAGCAAAAGCACACUUCUUGACUAGGAAUCAAUUGUUAAGCGCAUUAAUGCCUUGAAGAGCUACAUGGCUGAUUCUGCUCAAAAUAAGAAUAUUUUAUUGCAAAAAUAAAUCACUCCCAUUUCAACUAUUGAGAACUUCUACACAUUAAAAGAGAGCAUCUGCAGUCAACAAUUAAAAAAGCUUCAGCGCCAAUAAAUUGUUCUCAGCUCUUUCAAGACUCUCACAUAUUUAACAAUCCCAACAAUUUUCUACAUACUCCCAUACUCCUCUAUUCUUUUCCUCCAUCCUUAUGCUGGUGAAACUUUCUAUCGCUUCUCUCUACUAAGCUUAAGAUAAAAUCAAAAAACAGGUAUUUUGAUUAGCUUACUCUUAGGAGGUAGUCUUAGUCUGGCUUUCUACAAAACAUAUUCAGAUAUAUAUGGAGUCUAUGAAAGAAAUGUCCGUCCAUCAGCUAUUACACUUUGA